AUCCAACAAUCGGUUAAAGGACCUGCCUAACGGAUCUUUUAAUUCGCUGCGCUACUUACUUCGUCUUGACUUGUCCUAUAACCUACUGGAGCAAUUGCCUUUAAAAGCUUUCCAUAGUAACACAUUUCUAUUCGAGCUAUUUUUGAACAACAACAAUUUAAAGAGUUUGUCCAAAACUCAACUGCCUUGCCGGGACCCCUGUAAUAGCACAUUUCAAAAUUUAACCCUGGACUUCAACAAACUGGAGACGCUGUUAUCUGAUCUAUUCGAGGGCCAAGAGUUAGUUGACCUUUGGCUGGGAAACAACAACUUAAAGACAUUACCUGAAGAUCUGUUCAAAGGGCAAAGUAUUUUGAAAUAUUUGCGGUUGGUCGGCAACCAGCUAAAGACGCUACCUCUCAACAUAUUUCAUGGAUUGACUAACCUGGAGGAACUGGACCUGUCUUACAACCAGCUGCAAAACUUGUCUCGAGGCGUUCUAAGCACAAAUACUGAGCUGAGAGAAUUGGAUUUGUCAAACAAUGAGAUUAAACAUCUGCCUUUGGAUGUCUUCGGCAACCUAACUAAAUUGAAAAAGCUCUUUCUGUCUAGUAACAGAAUUCAACGUCUGCCGCAUUUCAACCAUCUCUCCGAGAUAGAGACAUUAUAUAUGGAUAACAACAGCCUCGCAAAGCUGUCGGCAGAUCAAUUCUACGGCCUGUCCAAGCUGAAAGACCUGAGGUUUCAUUUCAAUAAAAUCCGCGAGAUGUCCAAUGAACAAUUUAAAGAUGUCGCACCAACUAUACGAUUCCUAUACUUUCAUUACAACCGAAUGCGCAGGCUACCAGAAGGAUUCCUCUCGAAUAUGCCAUAUUUAAUAACAGCGACUGUAGACACCAACAUGAUGUGCUGUCAAUUAACGAAAGAGGACGCGGAUUCCGAUUAUGUCUAUGUGGACAGCUUUGCCAGUUGUGAGACAAUGUUCAGAAAUCGAGCCCCUAGGACAUGUAUCUGGGCGAUAGGAAUCAUGUCUCUGGUUGGAGCUAUAUUUGUCAUCACAUGGCGAAUGGUCUUCAGGGAGAAAAAUAUUGUACAGCCAAUCAUGUUGAUUCACUUGGCGGUAUCUGAUGGGUUAAUGGGUAUUUACCUCAUCACCAUAAGUUGGAAGGAUGCGAUAUGGGCAGGCCAAUAUCACUUGCAUGACUAUAGCUGGCGAACAAGUCUUGCAUGCCAGAUAAUUGGUGCAAUCGCUGUGUUAUCAAGCGAGGUCUCACUGAUGCUUCUUUCUCUUAUCUCUGCUGACAGGCUGAAAAAUAUUGUGUUCCCUUUCCAUGUUGGUGGACUAACCAACAAAGCCACUCAUGCUUUGUGCUUUAUUAUCUGGAUUAUCGGUUUCAUAAUUGCUUUUCUUCCCACCAUUGGCAUUCAGUAUUUUAGAGCCCCUGCUGGAGAUGAUCACUUUUACGGCAAAUCUGUUGUGUGUCUCCCACUUCAGCUCUCUAAUGAUAAGGCACCUGGUUGGGAAUAUUCUGUUGUUGUCUUCGUUGGCUUGAAUUUGACAUUUGUUGCCUUUGUCGUCUUGGCCUAUCUUGCAAUAGUUAUAAACAGAUAUCAGGUCCAGGCAAUGUCAGCCAACACCCAGCGAGAGACAGCUCUUGCCAAACGGGUGUUUUUCAUCAUCCUGACUGACUGUGUCUGCUGGAUGCCCAUUAUUGUGAUUGGACUCCGGUCCAUAGUGGAAAAGUCGUUCAGUACAUCAGGAGAUCUCGCCGUGUGGAUUGCAGUGUUUGUUCUUCCACUCAACUCUGCCAUUAAUCCGAUUCUAUACACCUUGUCCACAACACAGGUUCGAGACGUUCUAAAAGCAAAAUGGCAACAGCUGUGCCGUUAUUUCGUGGCAAAGUGUGGUCGAACCAAGAACGGAGAAGGGGGGAGACAUACAGGUACUGUGCAGACUUUGGCGAUGAGGGCACUAAAUACUGCUGGAGGGGAGGAGGGACCAAACAAAGAAGCCUUGGAGGAACCUGAAAAAGAGCAAGCGGAGGUUCCCAAACAUGAGGACCCAAGGGUAGAACAUACUGAACCCCAAGAUAAAGAACCACAGGACAUAAAACGCAAAAAACCUCCCAAGCCAGGACAGCCAGAAACUGAGCCUUUUGAGUCCAAUGAGCAAAUCACAGCGCAGCCGAAGAAAACAAGGACUGAAGAUCAUACAAAGUCCCAGAACGAUGCUGCUGCAAAUUCACAGUAUGAGCAGCAACAUGCAGAUUUUUCUGGGGAAGAAGAGCAAAACCAAGGAUUAGACGAUGACAAUGACCGCUCAGAAGCCCAAGAAACUGCGGAAGCUCCGCAGACAAAAACUGAUGGGGAACUCUCCGAGACAAUGAUGGACACAGCUCUGUAGUCAGUAACUACCUCAAGUUACACCUGAAUGAGUUGUCCCCAUAAAAAUUACGUACUCUGUGUUUGCUGUAUACCAGGUUUCGCCUCAAUCUUAGAGCUUAAUAUUCAUUAAGUCAUCAGGCUCACAAAAGAUUAACAGUCCUCUGAAACAUAAAUCUUUAUCAGUGUGUUCCCUCUGAGGGUGUCCCGAGGCAGAGGUUCCUCGGAGACUCCGUAGUGAUCAGAUUUCUUGAUUCUCAAUAAGUCCUUCAAAUAAUUUCUGAGACGCGUUCUACUUGAAUGUGUAACGAAGGAAAUUUGCACUGAGAGAAGGCAACCAAAAUUAUCUUUUCCAUUGGAUACAGCAGGAUUGCCCAUUAAUAACUUUAAGAAGGUACCAGAAGUUAUUGAAAUACCCUUUUAUCCAAUCUAAAAAUCUUGUCAGCGAAAAAGGCUUCUUAAUGUUUCAUUCCCUCCAAAGUCUUCAAAAGCGUAGUGUUUGUUCUGCAGCCGAUUCCGGAUCUCGACCAAAGGUAGCUAGGAGUUCAAAGAUGAUGUUUGAAGCAACAUCCUUUAAAUGCCACUCUUUGUUGCUCACUUUAACUCGACAUUCAUCUGUCAUGAGUACUGCUGUACAGCUAAGUUAGCACUCUCGCAACGGAACUCAAACGUAGUUCUAAAACUCACAAUAAACCGAGCAAAGUGACGAUGGUAACGAACUGCAAAGUUUAGUUGUCUAAUAACAGAUUUUAAACUGGAGUCUUGGCGUCCUACGAAUGUUGAAAUUUACCAAUCCUCACCCCUUAUAGUGGACAGAAAGCACAGGAUUCUAGUAAGCGCUUCUGAUUGACAACAGUAGUAUAAACUAUGAGUAAAUAUUUAAGGCGUACCAAAAAAAAAA